AUGGUGUCGGACGCGCCAAGAGAGGCACGCUCCAUUUUCGGAGUUGAUGCAUUGGAUGAGUUUGCCGUGUAUGUUGCAGACUGGAUUUGGGGUCACUGCAAUGGACUGGCAAAUGUAGAGAUUGAGGCAAAAAUAGGUACUUUGGUCGACCGCAACACAGACGAGCGGCUGCGCUUCCCAGUGCUGACCGAGACCAUCAUCGAUGCAAAAGCACUUGGAGUGCGUUUCGAGAGCAACAUGUCGAUGGAACAGCAUCGGCGGUACAACCUGCUCUUGAACGAGCUGGUUUCAUACAGUGGCAAUCUCCUUUCUUCCGAACAAGUGCAGUAUUCCCACAAAAAAGAAAUCGAUGCUUUCUACGACGAGCGCGACGAUGAGACCGGCAAGACGGUGCACUUGCGUGUGACACGCGACGCAAACACGUCGGAAAUCAAACCCAACGGCGUGGUCAGAAAGCAGCGUAUCGCCGACCUGAACAUUUACUCGCCAAAUCGGCCAUUUGACUUUCGAAUUAGCAUAAACACGGAAACGCCGAUGCCGCCGCCACCAGAAAACAGUGUGCCAAGCUUUGUCCGGGAAAAAAACCGACUAUCCUACACACACCAAAACAGCCAGACUGACUUGACCCAAGUAUCUCUUCCUAAGCGCCGAGACGAGCCGCUGCACGAACUCGAAGUGGAAGUGCGAGACCCUAUGCAAUUGCUGCAACUAGCCUACGAUACAAAAGAUGGCAGUGGAAGUACGGAUCAGGUAUGGACUCCGUAUGAAGAUGCAGUUUUGGUCCUGCUCAACACCAUCCGUCUCCUGAUCCGCAAUGCCGAUUCCUUUUCUUGA